AUGGCCGAGGACAUCGAAACCAGCUUCCAAGCCGCCAUGGACGCGGGGAAGAUCAACGGUGCAAUAGUUUGCGCUACCGAUUCCGAGGGCCAUUUCGUCUACAAUAAGACCCUUGGUGAUCGCACCCUUCUGUCAGGCGAGAAACGGCCACACCAACUAGAUGAUGUCCUGUUUCUAGCAUCUGCCACCAAAUUGAUAGCUGCGAUCGCGGCACUACAGUGCGUUGAGGACGGUCUGUUGACUCUGGACGGCGAUUUGUCUACUGUCGCACCCGACCUAACCAGCAAAGAGGUCCUCACGGGAUUUUCUGAAGACGGCGAAACACCUAUUCUCGAGCCUGCAGAACGCCCUAUCACGCUGGAGAUGCUUCUCACCCAUAGCUCCGGCUUGAUCUACCACUUUAUGAACCCCAAUAUCGCCAAGUGGCGCGAAAGGUUCUCUACCCCGGAUGAGGCGGGCAGACGAUCUGUUGAAGAACUGAUUGAUUAUCCCCUUGGAUUUCAGCCCGGCGAAGGCUGGAUGUACGGCCCCGGACUUGACUGGGCAGGCCGCAUAGUCGAGCGGGUAACGGGCCUCACGCUGGGGGAGCAUAUCCAGAAACGCAUAUUUGAUCCACUGGGUAUCAAGAGCGGGCAGUUCUAUCCAGUGACCCGCGAAGACCUGCGGGCUCGAAUGGUCGAUCUGAAUCCGGAUGAUCCCGAGGGCUUGGGGCGGGCUGUGGUAGGAGGCGGCGGUGAUAUAAAUCUGCGUACGCGCGGUGACUUUGGUGGCCAUGGGCUCUUCUUAGCCGGUGACGACUAUACAAAGAUCUUGCGCUCACUAUUGGCAAAUGAUGGGAAACUGCUGAAGCCAGCCACUGUCGAUGAUAUGUUCGAACAUCACCUCAGUCCCCAGGCCACUGAGAGCCACCAGGCUGCCCUCGCUAGUCCCAUGGGAAUUUUCUUUCGUGUCGGCAUAGAACCAGAUAUGAAGGCUGGGUAUGGCUUAAGUGGUCUUCUUAUGCGUCAGGACGUAGAUGGUUGGUAUGGUGACCGGACACUAUCAUGGGGUGGGGGUCUCACGUUCGCGUGGUUUAUUGAUCGGAAGAAUGAUCUUUGUGGCAUCGGUGCUGUCCAAGCUGCCUUGCCCGUGGAUGGCAACUUGAUCGGUGAUCUGAAGCAGGUCUUCCGUCGCGAUGUCUACCGCAAGCAUGCUGCUUGGAAGGCGCAGCAGUAG